AUGCUUCUCGACGAAGAUCCCGCCGCUCUCAUUUCGCAGUGCACAUCACACUUCAAGAUCGCCAACGACACCGCGUCGCUCUUGCGCAUCUCGGACAGCCUUUCCACACUCUCACAAUUCCGAUCGCAACACCUGCAGGCCCUCCAGGCCUCCAGAGCGCAACUCUCGCGCACCCACCAGACGCUCAGCGCAAACCACAACCACACACUGUCGCAACACAACCCCACAAACCACGCAGCUGAGAUUCUCAGGCUGGACACCGAAAAAUUCAAGAUUGCGAAGCAAGCCUCCGAUCUCGAGAUCGAGGGUGAGAGAUUACAGCGGGAGCGCGAGAGGCUCGGGGGCGUGGCUGCCGAUCUAGAGGCCGAGGGCGUUGAAGGCGGGGAGAGGGAAAAGGCGGACAACGAGGAUGCCACCAUCUUGAAGCUGAAACUUUACCGCACACUCGGUAUCGACGUCGAAGCCGACGCUACAACAGGCCAGUAUAACAAGGCUGUUAUCCGGAAUGCGACAAAGGGUGACGUGCACGUUGUCAACAUCGACCCCAAGUUUUCGCGACAUUUCUACACAAACUACUUCUGGCGGACAAUGUGA